GUGAGCUAUAUGGAGAUCUAUUGUGAACGGGUACGCGACCUCUUGAACCCCAAGAGUCGGGGCGCUCUGCGGGUCCGGGAGCACCCCAUCCUGGGCCCCUAUGUGCAGGACUUGUCUAAAUUGGCUGUGACCUCCUAUGCAGACAUUGCUGAUCUCAUGGACUGUGGCAAUAAGGCGAGGACUGUGGCUGCCACCAAUAUGAAUGAGACCAGCAGCCGUUCCCAUGCCGUCUUCACCAUUGUCUUCACACAGCGUUGCCAUGACCAGCUCACUGGGCUGGACUCAGAGAAGGUGGGGACCCUCCCCCCCACUGUCCCUACCUAGUAACAUGAAAUGGCC